GUCUGUAAGAUGGCGUCCUUCGUAGGUUGACUGUCGUAACGCUGUGUGGAAGCAAAUUACUGUGGAACACAUAUUAACAUCGAAGCAUUUUAGAUUACUUUGCUGUCUCUCAGUUGGCACUAACAUGGCAAAAACAAAAACAUCCUGUACUGAGAAGGUACAAAUAAAGUGGAAAAUCAAAUCAACGUGUAAAGAAUCUGCAAGAUUUAAGAGCUGCGUGCAAAAGACAUUGAAAUGCAAAUUUUGUGAAAAGCAUUUCACAUCUAAGGGAAAGUUACAAGUACAUUUAAGAACCCACACUGGAGAGAAACCAUACCAGUGCAAAAUUUGUGACAAGUGUUUUACUCGAAAAGGAAGUAUACGAAGACAUGAAAGAUCACACACUGGAGAAAAGCCAUACCAGUGUAAGACUUGUGACAAGAGUUUUACAAGAAAAGGAAGUCUGCAAAUACAUGAAAGAUCCCACACCGGGGAGAAGCCAUACCAGUGUAAGACUUGUGACAAGAGUUUUACAAGAAAAGGAAGUCUACAAAUACAUGAAAGUUCCCACACUGGAGAGAUGCCAUACCAGUGCAAAACUUGUGACAAAUGGUUUUCUCAAAAAGGUAAUCUUCGAAGACAUGAAAGAUCCCACACUGGUGAGAAGCCAUACCAGUGUAAAACAUGUGACAAGUGGUUUACACAAAAAGAAACUCUCAAAGCACAUAUGAGAUCUCAUACUGGAGAGAAGCCAUACCAGUGUAAGAUAUGUGAAAAGUUUUUUACUACUAGAAGAAGUUUGCGAAUGCAUGAAAGAUCACACACUGGAGAGAGGCCAUUUAAAUGCAAAGUUUGUAAUAAGGGUUUUACUUAUAUUGCAAAUGCAAGAGUUCAUGAAAGAUCCCACACUGGAGAGAAGCCAUACCAGUGCAAAACAUGUGACAAGUGGUUUGCUCAAAAAGGUAAUCUACAGAUACAUGAACGAUCCCACACUGGAGAGAAGCCAUACCAGUGCAAAACAUGUGACAAGCGGUUUGCUCAAAAAGGUAAUUUACAAAUACAUGAAAGAUCACACACUGGAAUGAAGUUAUUCCAGUGCAAAAGUUGUAACAAGUGUUUUACCACAAAAAGAGGUAUGCAAAUACAUGAAAGAUCACACACUGGAGAAAAGCCAUACCAGUGCAAAAUUUGUGAGAAAUGUUUCACUUCAAAAAGAAGUCUGUAUGUACAUGAAAGAUCCCACACUGGAGAAAAGCCAUACCAUUGCAAAACAUGUGACAAGUGGUUUACCCAAAUGGGUCAUCUACAAAGACACGAAAGAUCACACACAGGAGAGAAGCCAUACCAGUGUAAGACUUGUGACAAGAGUUUUACAAGAAAAGGAAGUCUACAAAUACAUGAAAGUACCCACACUGGAGAGAUGCCAUACCAGUGCAAAACUUGUGACAAAUGGUUUUCUCAAAAAGGUAAUCUUCGAACACAUGAAAGAUCCCACACUGGUGAGAAGCCAUACCAGUGCAAAAUGUGCGAGAAGUGGUUUUCUCUAGAAAGAACACUACGAAAGCACGAAAGAUUACACUUUGAACAGCAACCAUUAUCUUCAGAUUACGAUGAAACAUUUACUUGCUGGAUUUGCCAGGAGGAACUGAGCAGUGCUUCCCAGCUUCUUAGCCACUAUGAGGAACACAUGAAGUUGCCUUGGAAAGAUUGUAGUGACUGCGGGUAUUUCAGCCCUGAUUUCUGUCGUGGAAUGCCAGGAGGACGUAUCGAGUCAUUUGAAGUAAUAACAGCUCUUCAGCGAAAUCCUCGAGUACAAGAUUGCAAAACCUGUGAUAAGUGGUUUACUCAAAAAGGUAAUUUACAAAAACAUGAAAGAUCCCACACUGGAGUGAAGCCAUACCAGUGCAAAACUUGUGACAAGUGGUUUAAUCGAAAAUAUAAUUUACAAAUACAUGAAAGAUCACACACUAGAGAGAAGGCAUUCCAGUGUAAAACAUGUGACAAGUGGUUCCUCCAGAAAAUAAAUCUACAAGUACAUGAAAGAUUACAUACUGGAGAGAAGCCAAACCAGUGCAAAUAUUGUGAUAUGUGUUUUACUCAUAAGGGAAGUCUUCGAGUCCAUGAAAGAAACCACACUGGAGAGAAGCCAUACCAGUGCAAAUCUUGUGAUAUGUGUUUUUCUUCAAAUGGAAGUCUACGAAUACAUGAAAGAUCCCACACUGGAGAGAAGCCAUACCAGUGCAAAACAUGUGACAAGUGUUUUACUCAGAAAGGUAAUCUACAAAGACAUGAAAGAUCUCACACUGGAGAGAAGCCAUACCAGUGCAAAACUUGUGCCAAGUGUUUUACUAGAAAAAGAGGUCUGCAAAUACAUGAAAGAUCCCACACUGAAGAGAAGCCAUACCAGUGCAAAACUUGUGCCAAGUGUUUUACUAGAAAAAGAGGUCUACAAAGACAUGAAAGAUCUCACACUGGAGAGAAGCCAUACCAGUGCAAAACUUGUGACAAGUGGUUCACUCAAAAAAGUAGUCUACAAAGACAUGAAAGAUCUCACACUGGAGAGAAGCCAUACCAGUGCAAAGCUUGUGACAAGUGUUUUACUACGAAAAGAAGUCUGCAAAUACACAAAAGAUUACACACUGGAGAGAAGCCAUACAAGUGCAAAACUUGUGACAAGUGUUUUACUCAAAAAGGUAGUCUACAAAGACAUGAAAAAUCCCACCCUAGAGAGAAACCAUACCAGUGCAAAAUGUGUGAGAAGUGGUUUUGUCGAAAAAGAACACUACAAAAACACGAAAGAUUGCACUUUGCACAGCAGCCAUAUUCUUCAAAUUACGAUGAAACAUUUACUUGUUGGAUUUGCCAGGAGGAACUGAGCAGUGCUUCCCAGCUCCUUAGCCACUAUGAGGAACACAUGAAGUUGCCUUGAUGUUCUUGUUGAUCAGUU